AUGGAGGCAUUUCUACACAACCUAAUAAGAAAACCCUUACUAAAUUAAGCUUUAUUUACUUUAAAUAGUAAGUGUUUUUUUUAAUAUUAGAAUCCAACUAAACAAAGGAAAUAAAUGAAAAUUAUUCAAAAUAGGGGCUUUUAAGCAGAAAGAAGAUUAAAAUUGAUUAAAUUGAUAAUUAUGAAAACAAAUUAGAAGGAGCUUAAAAAUUUAAAUAUGACAAUAAAGAACAAAACGAAGAAGUAGGUUUAAAUAAUGAUAUGUAAUUACAAUAUCUAUGAAUUAGGAAUAUAACAUUUGAUGAAUAGAGAUAAGAUUUGAUGUUAGAAUAUCACUUAGAGAAUUCAAUUUAAUAUAUUAGUGGGUAAACAUUGGUACUAUUGAAAAUUAUGAUUUAGGCUCAAACAAUGAAAUUAUAUGAUAUACUUAUUUAUGAUUGUCGAUAUUUGUAUGAAUUUUAAGGAGGGCAUAUAUAGGGUGCAAAACAUUUGAAUCAUUUUACAAAUUUAUUUGAAGAAUUAUUUGGAGCAACUAAAUAAUAAAACAAAAUAGUGGUUUUGUAUUGUGAAUUUUCAAUAAAAAGAAGUUAAGAAAAGUAAAAAUCAAAAUAUUAUACAGAUAUUUUGAGAUUCGAAAAUUAGAUAGGAGUAUGAACAAAUAUCCAAAAUUGACAUACAACAAUUUAUAUUUAUUGUCUAAAGGAUAUUCAGAAUUUUACAAAAAAUUUUAAAACAUGUGUAAUGGAAAUUACAUUCCUAUGAAUGAUAUAUUAUAUGAAUAAGAGUUAGAAAAAGAAUAAUAACUUAGAAAUAUUGCUAAACAGAAAAAUAGAUUAAAAUAAAUAUAAAAAAUAACUGGUUGUUUAAAUAUAAAAUGA